GGGCAACGCGUACAACAGCUGAUUGAAGCAAUCACUUUGUUUUUGGAGAGAAAAACUCGGAAAAUCGCGUCCCAACUCCCUUUGAAGAAAUGGAUAAGCCCACAACCAGCGCUGCUGCUGCUGCUGCCGCGGCACAGGACCCCAAUCAUCUCCUGGACUCCCCGCAACACGGACCAACUUUGUCUAGUGCCUCCAGCUUCGAGGCUCUGACGCGACAUGACCCUAAUCUCAGUCGACUGGCAACGAAAAUGUUCAACAAAACGGAGGAGUACAUCACCCACGAACUCAACGCCCCGCUGGAGGACUACAAGCUGCUGGAGGAGAUGAACAAGGCCACGAUUGCCAAGUACAAGGACAUGCGACAGAUUGCCGAGAAUCUGAACACCUCGACCACUGAGUUGAGCCUAAAGUUUCAGCAGUUGGCUCCGAUGAUGCAGCAGAUCGACGAGAUCUCCGAUACGGUGGAUAAAUUGGAGGCGGCGGCCUACAAGCUAGAUGCCUACAGCAUAGCCCUAGAAAACCGCGUAAAGUGCGUCCUGCAAAGGAAAUCCGGAGGCGGCCAGCUGACCCAAUAAGACUAUUCAUCUACAAAGGCUUUAUGGUACAUUUAAUAUAGUAGAUUUAUGUCAACCAAGUAAUAACUUAAAUAUAAUCGCAAUUACGUUAAGGAA